UUCUGCUAUCCGGUUUUGGGGUUGGUGCGUCGAAGUGCGCCCAGCAGCCUGAACUUCCGGGGAAAUCCCCUUCCCUUUCUCUUAAUUGUUAGAUUAUCUAGUCCUUAAAGGUGCUGCUUAAGAAACUACUGUGAUGAGCUUGGGGAACGCACAGAUCGCACCGUGCGACCUGUGCUAAGUCCCUCUGACGUGUCCUGCCCAGCGCCUGACGCGUAGCAGUGUCCAGUGAGUUACUGACUGAAAAAGGCAGGAACUAGAUAGCAGGAAGAUGGGUACAAAGUGCGAAGGACAACUGUGGAGAAUUAACGCCUUAUUUAUGUUGCUUGAAGUGUAAUCUCUCUUCUAAACCUCAAGUCCUGUUCAUGAGAGUUGGGGUCUAUUGUUUUGUACUAGUACCAGGCUCAAGGAGGAAAGUGUAUUUAGAGUCUGGGGAGAGCAAACGAUGGAGUCUUGUUAGGCUUGUUUCUGGUGCUGGGGACAUAAAACUCACCAAAGAUGGCAACGUGCUGCUCCAUGAGAUGCAAAUUCAACAUCCAACAGCUUCCUUGAUAGCAAAAGUAGCAACUGCCCAAGAUGACAUUACAGGAGAUGGUACCACUUCAAAUGUUCUAAUUAUUGGAGAGUUAUUAAAACAAGCCGAUCUUUACAUUUCUGAGGGCCUGCACCCUAGAAUAGUAGCAGAAGGAUUUGAAGCUGCAAAGACAAAAGCACUUGAGGUUUUGGAAGAAGUUAAAGUAAAAAAGGAGAUGAAAAGAGAGAUCCUCUUAGAGGUGGCCAGAACAUCUCUGCAGACGAAAGUUCAUGCUGAACUGGCUGAUGUGCUAGUAGAGGCUGUGGUGGAUUCAGUUUUGGCAGUUAGAAGACCAGGUUAUCCUAUUGAUCUUUUUAUGGUGGAAAUCAUAGAGAUGAAGCAUAAAUCAGAAACAGAUACACAGUUGAUCCGAGGAUUAGUUUUGGAUCAUGGUGCCCGUCAUCCAGCAAUGAAGAAGAGGGUUGAAGAUGCAUUUAUCUUCACUUGCAAUGUAUCACUAGAAUAUGAAAAAACAGAAGUGAGCUCUGGUUUCUUUUAUAAGACGGCAGAAGAGAAAGAGAAAUUGGUAAAAGCUGAAAGAAAAUUUAUUGAAGAUAGAGUACAAAAAAUAAUAGACCUGAAAGACAAAGUCUGCUCUGGUUCCAAUAAGGGAUUUGUUGUCAUUAAUCAAAAGGGAAUUGACCCAUUUUCCUUAGAUACUCUUGCAAAACAUGGAAUAAUAGCUCUUCGCAGAGCAAAAAGAAGAAAUAUGGAAAGACUCACUCUUGCUUGUGGUGGAAUGGCUGUGAAUUCUCUUGAAGACCUUGAUAUAGAUUGCUUGGGACAUGCUGGUCUUGUAUUUGAGUAUACAUUAGGUGAAGAAAAGUUCACUUUUAUAGAGGAUUGUGUUAACCCUCGUUCUGUUACCUUGUUGAUCAAGGGACCAAAUAAGCAUACCCUCACUCUAAUCAAGGAUGCCGUAAGAGAUGGGCUUCGUGCUGUUAAGAAUGCCAUUGAAGAUGGCUGUGUGGUCCCAGGGGCUGGUGCAGUGGAAGUGGCAAUAGCUGAUGCUCUUGUUAACCACAAACCCAGUGUGAAAGGAAGAGCUCGUCUUGGAGUCCAGGCCUUUGCUGACGCCUUGCUCAUUAUUCCCAAGGUUCUUGCUCAGAAUUCUGGUUUUGACCUGCAGGAGACACUAGUAAAAGUUCAGACUGAGCAUUCAGAAUCAAAGCAACUUGUUGGCAUAGAUUUGAAUACAGGAGAACCAAUGUUAGCAGAAGAUGCAGGAAUCUGGGAUAACUAUUGUGUGAAAAAACAACUUCUUCACUCUUGCACAGUGAUUGCCACCAACAUUCUCCUGGUUGAUGAAAUUAUGCGAGCAGGGAUGACUUCACUCAAAGGGUGAUUGAAUUCAAAAUCAGCUCUUCUAGAAGACAAGAUUUAGUGCACCUUACAUCCAAUUGCUGUUGUAUAGCCUGAUCCAGUCUUAACUUUUACAAAAUAAAGGCAGUUUAUCUCUUUGGUUUCAAAAAUAUUUCAUCACGGUAUAUAAAGAACACAAUACAUAUUUUCAGGAUAAAGGAAUAAUAAUGGAAAUAUUUUUCCUUAGAGUCUUUAACUUCUCACCUUGUACUGUAUGCCUUUGCUUUUUUCAUGAAAUCUGUUACGAUUCUUCAGCUUUCUGGAAAACUUUUUGUUAAUCAUAUAUGGAGUACAGGUUGUAGAGCACCCAAGUCAGGUUACAGUUUUCCAAAGGAUAUUAAUGUAGUGAGACAAAAUGUUUUAUUUUUCUCUCAAAAGCCCUCAAGUAACUUCUUGCUACCACUCUUUCCCUUAUAAAUAUGGCAUCAUCAUAUGAAUGUAGCUUUGGGUGUAUUAAUUUACAACACCUAGUUGUUUAGUGUAUAGUUUAUUAUAUUUUACCUGGAUCUUUGGUAGAUACGAUUCUGUACAUGCUUAACAACCCUGGCCACAGUGCUUUGAUAGCUCUCUGACUAAAUGGAGCGGUAGUCCCAUCUGGAAAGGUGCAGAUUGUUAGUGUCAACUCUGGGAUACACAGGUAUUCCUUGUUUAACGAACUACCUGUUUAACAACUGUUCAGAUUUACGACUGAGACAUGCUGUUUGGGCUUAUGACUUGUGGGAGCUUUUUGUACAGUUCAGUACAUCUUGUCUAUAGAGGGUAGGGGUACAGUAUACCUUGUUUAUACAGUAUUGCAAUUUUUGCUGAUUGUACAAUAUAGUACAGUACUAUAGUUUUAUGUUCUGUUAUAUAUUAUAGUACUGCAUGUAAGCAUUAUGCAAAUAAAAGCAAAGUCAUCAAACUGGCA